AUGGUAGAAUCUCUACAAAUGUUCUUAUUCCUCUUCAAAUCUAAAUACAGACGAAAAUACUCAUGGUUCUCGCCGUUCUUGUGUUCAGUCCUCAUAGUGUUAUUGUUUUGUCAUGAUGUUCUGACUAGGUGUAGUGAACAUAACUGUUUAAAUGGUGAGUGUAAGAACGAGACUUGUGAGUGCUUCGAGGGCUGGCAAGGCCCAGAAUGUCAGCAUUGCGGUGGGAAGAUAAAAUUGACUGCACCAACGGGGGUGAUUACAGACGGCCCGGGGAACUACAGUGUGAGCACGGCUUGCUCUUGGCUGAUAUCUCCGCCGAGGCUCGGGCCCACGCCGCCCCCUAUACGUGUGAGGUUGGAGAGUUUCGCGACAGAAUGUGGAUGGGACCAUUUGUAUGUUUACGACGGAGACAGUGUACGGGCCGAGAGGCUGCUGGCUGUAUUCAGCGGAGUUUUAGAGAAUGGCGAGUCGGGGUGGACGCGACAGGUUAUAGCGCGGUCUGGGAGCGUGCUGAUUCAUUUCUUCUCUGACGACGCGUACGCGAUGGAGGGGUUCAAUGUCACGUACGCUGCGUAUUCCUGCCCCUCCAACGAACAUCGCACGAAUUGCUCCAACCACGGAGAAUGCGAAGACGGCGUUUGUAAGUGUGAGCCGGAUUGGGUCGGUGUGGCCUGCGAUGAGCUUUUAUGUCCAGACGAGUGCAACGCGGCGUACGGCGCGGGCGAGUGCACGGCGGCCGGCUGCGAGUGCGUGGGCGGGCGCGCCGGCGCCGCGUGCGAGCGGGACAGCGCGCGCGCCGGCUGGGCGUGGCGCUGGCGCGAGCCGCACGACCAGCGCCCCGCCGCGCCCGCGCCGCCCGCCCCGCCCCCCGCCGCCGCGCACGCGCUGCUCGCGCUGCCGCCCGACUUGCUGCGGAUCGGCGGCGAGACCUUCGCGCCCGCGCACUUUCUCUACAGAUACAAGACAGCUGAAAACAAAUGGUAUCCGGUACUCCCAUUGGACGAAAGCUCUCCAAAUCCAGCUUCCCGCUUCGCACACUCUGCCAUUAUGUACGGGGACGAGGUCAUCGUAUACGGAGGAGUGAUUACUUCAGAUGAACCUGAGAGAGGAGGCGGUCUCGCUGGACUCGAAGGAAGGGCUGGCGAGGUGACGAAUGAACUUUGGAAGGGCAGGAUACAAGAUAACACCGUUGUGUGGACGAACGCCACGCCAGUAACCUGCUCGCCGCAUCGACCUGCGCCAUUGAAACACUGCGGAGGUCUAAACUUAUCUGGCCACACCGCCGUACUAGCUUACAUAGGGCCUACACAGAAACCGGUUAUGUUGGUUUUCUUCGGGCAUUCGCCGCACUACGGAUAUAUGCACAUAGUGCAGGAGUACUACAUCGAAGAGGGAGCGUGGGCGGGAGCGGUAACUCGAGGAUGGCCGGCCCGCGCUGGCUUCGGACACUCGGCAGCCUGGGACACACUGUCGCGGCGAGUGUACGUGCACGCCGGCCUCGUGUCCGAGUCCGAGGCGGCGCAGGCUCCGUCGUCAGCAUUAUAUGAAUACGACGUAGAAACCAAAGUAUGGAGGCCGCUUCCAUCUGCACCGACACCUAGAUACUUACAUACAGCUACAUUCAUCACACCUGGUAUUAUGCUGGUUUUUGGCGGUAACGCGCACAACGAUAGCGCCGCGGCCGUCGUGACCAACCCUGCCGCUUCAAAGUGCUACUCGGGCGGCGCCUUGUUGUACGACGUCAGGUGCAGGCGGUGGGUCGAGGCGCCGGAGGUGCGCGGCGCGGCGCGCGCGGCGCACGCGGCCGCCCCGCUGCCGCUCCGCGACCGCCCCGCCGUGCUCAUAUAUGGCGGGUUCGAUGGGCGGCUGCGGUCGGACGCGCUGUCGCUGUCGGCGGGCGAGGCGUGCGGCGCGCUGCGCGAGGCGGCGGCGUGCCUGCGCGCCGCGCACUCGCACGCGCGCGCCUGCGGCUGGCGCGCCCAAGACCGCUCCUGUGUGCCCUUGGAGGAAAUCGGCUGGACAAAAUCGUUUGACGGCACUGUUAAAACAUGCGAAGUUGAACCAGUGUUUGACGAAAAGCUGUGCUCGUCCGCGGAGUGGUGCGACGCGUGCACGGCGGUGGGCUGCGCGUGGUGCGGCGCCUGCUACCCGUCCGCGCAGUACUGCCUGCGACACACGCACCAGAUGGCGUUGUCCUUGGAAGAGUGUGGAGCCGCUGGCGCCGAGCCGCCACGCGACGCCUGUGCGCGCUUCCACUCCUGCACCGCCUGCCACGCGCACCGACACCACCACGCACACGGUAUAGAUGACGUAAAUCAGCGAGCCUGCUACUGGGACUAUGACACGGUCAAAUGUAAACCAGCGAACUCAUCAGAUGACAUCAGGAGCGUGUCCACGGGCGGCUGCAGUGCCCCGUGUUCCACGUACACGACGUGCGCCAACUGCACCGCGGAGGAGUGCAUUUGGUGCGCAUCGGCCGGUCGCUGCGUCGACAAGAACGCGUACGGCGCGUCGUUUCCGCUGGGCGGGUGCCGCGCGUGGUCGACGGGCGCGUGCGCGGGGGGCGCGGCGGGCGCGGGGGGCGCAGCGGGCGGCGCGGGCGCGACGGCGGGCGGGUGCGGCGCGCACGCCGGCUGCGCUGCGUGCCGCGCGGAGCCCGCGUGCGGCUGGUGCGACGACGGCGAGGGCGGCGGCCGCGGCGUCUGCCUGCCCGGCGGACAGCGCCGCCCGCACCAGCCGCACGUCUGCCCGCAGCACAGAUGGCACUUCACGCGUUGUCCGCUGUGCCAGUGCAACGGUCACGCCGUGUGCGACUCGUCCGCGCGCUGCAUUCAGCCGUGCAGCGGUCGCGCGAUUGGCGAGCACUGCGACACGUGCGCGCCCGCGCACUGGGGCAACCCGCUCAACGGCGGAGUGUGCCAACCGUGCGAGUGCAACGCGCAGGCGGUAUCGUGCGCGGCGGACACGGGCCGCUGCCACUGCAGCACCAAGGGGCUGGCGGGCGACCGCUGCGACAAGUGCGACAACACCAACCACUACCACGCAGACCUCUACAACAAGGGCGCCUGCUACUACGAUCUAGCCGUUGACUACCAGUUCACCUUCAACUUAUCUAAAAAGGAAGACAGGCAUCUUUCAGCAAUCAACUUCCGGAAUGCGCCAGUAAAACCGGAUGUGGAUGCGGAUUUUAGCAUAACGUGUUCUGCGCACGCCCGAAUGAAUCUCACUGUGCGAACGCGAAGCGAUCCCACAGAGAGAACGCUCUUCAGCGACGUGAACUGCACUAACUUCCGCUAUAAGUUCGCCAAAUCGGAGCAUGCGUUCGGCGUAGAAGACAACGUCACGCUUACAACCUUCUUCGUCUACGUGUACGACUUCCGGCCGCCAUUGUGGAUACAGAUCUCGUUCUCGCAGUACCCCAAGUUGAACCUGCAGCAGUUCUUUAUCACGUUUUCCUCCUGCUUCCUGCUGCUGCUGCUUGUUGCUGCAGCGCUUUGGAAGAUUAAACAGAAGUACGAUAUUUAUAGGAGACGACAGCGGUUAUUUGUCGAAAUGGAGCAGAUGGCAUCUAGACCAUUUAGUCAAGUGUGUGUGGAGCUAGAAAAGGGAGGUGGGGGCGGUGGCGUGCCGGCGCCGGUGGCGCUGGAGCCGUGCCGCGGCGGGCGCGCGGCCGUGCUGUCGCUGCUGGUGCGCCUGCCCACCGGCGGCACGGGCCGCGCGCCGCCGCUCGGCGGCCUGGCCGUCGCCUCCGCGCUCGUCACGCUCGGCCACCACCCGCCGCCGCCCGCCAAGCGCCGGCGCCGCUGA